AUGACUAAUUUUACCAGUAGUGGGUUUCUUCUCAUGGGAUUUUCUGUUGACCUUGAGCUAGAAAUUUUUUAUGCAUCUUUGUUCUUAGUCUUGUACUUGUUGGCUUUAACUGGCAACAUUCUCAUCAUCACCACCAUUUCUAUGGAACACAGUCUCAACUCCCCCAUGUAUUUCUUCCUGAAGCAUCUCUCUUUCUUAGAUCUCUGCUAUAUUUCUGUGACGGUACCAAGAUUUAUUUACAACUCUUUCAUGCAGAGUAAAAAUAUAACUCUCGGGGAAUGCAUAUUACAGUGCUUCGCUUUCAUUGUCUGUGGUACUGCUGAGAUGUCCAUGCUCACGGUGAUGUCCUAUGACCGCUAUGUGGCCAUCUGCCUUCCACUGCUCUAUGACAUCAUUAUGGAUGUCAGAACCUGUGUCCAUGGGAUCGUGGGAGUCUGGGUCAGUGGAGUCAUUGGUGGAAUCAUGCACACAGCAGCUACUUUCUCUAUCCACUUCUGUGGCCCCCGGGUCAUCCACCAGUUCUUCUGCGAUGUCCCCCAGAUCCUGAAACUCUCCUGCUCCAGUGAAUUUAUGAAUGAGAUCAAUGUCACUAUCUUCACAGCUUUAUUGUCAUUUCUCUGUGUCAUCUUUAUUGGGUUCUCCUACGUGCACAUAUUUUCCUCUGUGCUGAAGAUGCCAUCUGUGGAGGGCAGAGCCAAGGCCUUUUCCACUUGCCUCCCCCACCUCGUUGUUGUCAUAUUAUUUCUUUUUACUGGAACCUUUGAGUUUUUGAAGCCCCAUUCAGACACCCCAACAGCGCUGGACAUUUUGCUCACUAUACUGUACACAGUCGUUCCUCCGACGUUCAAUCCAGUGAUCUAUAGUCUGAGAAAUCAAGUCAUUAAAACAGCUAUAAGAAAGGUUUUUCAAAGAAGAAAGCCAUCCUUAUUUGUUUGA